CGUGAACCCGCCUUCAGCGCUGCAGUAACACUGAUGAAGAGUGGGUGAAAACACCUUCGCAAUAAUAUGUUGCCUCAUCAAACUUUGCCACAAUGAAGCGAUGCAGCAGUCGCGUGUCUACAUUAUCGGUGGGGGCGUCACGGUGGUGCUGGUGGUAAUCGUGCUGCUGGCGGUGCUGGUGCCACCCAAGACGGAGAUCCGUGCCUGCCCCGCCUCCUACGAGAAGCAUCCCCUGAUCCUGGUGUCUCUCGAUGGGUUCCGGGCGGACUACCUCGAGAAGGGCCUCACGCCUGGCCUGCAGGCGCUCGUGGAUGGUGGGGUCCACGCCCCCUUCAUGAAGCCCUCGUACCCCACCCUUACUUUCCCCAACCACUACACUAUCGUCACGGGCCUGUACCCGGAGUCCCACGGCAUCAUCGCCAACAAGUUCUACGACCCGGAUUUCAAAGCGUCCUUCUCUUUGGGCAGCGAGGAGUCUCUUAAGGGCCGCUGGUGGGGCGGGGAGCCCAUCUGGAACACUCUCGCGCGCCAGGACAAGAUGAGCGCGACGUUCUUCUGGCCGGGUUCCGAAGCCGACAUCGGCGGUCAGCACCCGACCUACUGGUUUCCCUACAGCGACGACACGCUCUUCAGCGAGCGCGUCGAACAGGUACUGAGUUGGGUCACCCUGCCGGAGCAUGAGAGGCCGGCCUGGAUCUCCUUGUAUCUCAACGAACCUGACCACACGGGCCAUGGGGAGGGACCUGACAGCAACCAGGUCGAGGCCCUGAUCAUGUACGCUGACCGCACGAUCCAGCAGCUGGUGGCGGGUUUGGAGUCCCUCGGCCUGACCUCCUGCGUGAACCUGGUGGUGGUGGCUGAUCACGGCAUGGCGGCGUCGGGGCUGGACAAGAUCAUUAAACUCAAGGACUACGUGCCCGACAUCGGCGACCUCGCCUACACGUACUCCGGCGCCUUCGGGAGGAUCAGCCUGAAGAACGACAGCGAAGAGAUCGAGAUGGACGUCCUCGAGAAGCUGACGUGCCAGCGAGAGGAGCUCCGGGCCUACGACUACCGCGACCUCCCGACGCGGUUCCACUUCAGCAACAACCGCCGAAUCGAGAACAUCGUGCUCGACCUCGACGCCGGCUACACUGUCAGCGUCUCCUCCGAUUUCUACCUCAAGGGCCAGCAUGGAUACGACAACUACGAACAGAAGAUGAAUGCUCUCUUCAUCGGCCACGGCCCCGCCUUCAAGAAGGGCGUGGAGAUUGAACCCUUCCAGAACAUCGAGCUCUACAACCUCAUGUGCCACCUGACGGGAGUGACGCCGGCGCCCAACAACGGCACGGAGGGCUCGCUCUACCACGCCCUCGUCAGCCCUCCAGACACGCCCUCCUUGCCUCAGGAGGCAAAGCCGCCUGCCGCUUCCUAUCCGAGCGCCGAGGAAGAGGAGGCUCGACUGACGCUGUCAGGCUGCGAUGGAGACCUGGCGGCUGUUGAGUCCUGGAUGUCGAGCCUGGACCUGACGGAGGCGCAGAAGCAGGAGGCGGAAGCCCGACAUCUCCCUUGGGGCGUCCCGUAUUCAGGGAACCUCUCCGCCUCACUGGUUCUCCUGCACCACGGCAGCCACGUCACGGCCUUCUCCGAGAGCCUGAAGAUGCCUCUGUGGACGAGCCUGACCCUGAGUGGGGCGCCGACGAACCCGCCGCCGGAGAGCUGGUGCAGCGACGUCCGCCUCACGACCGAGACCACGCCCACCUGCGCGGGGUACGAGUCGCUGGCGCCGCUCAACGUGUCCAUGGCGCCGCUCCUGCCCCCAGGCUUCCUUCAGGACCCUGACCUGGUGCGCGUCCCGUACAUGGUGAGCAACGCAGUCCCGGCGGCGCCCCAGCUGGUCGAGAGGUGGUCUCAGCUGGUGACAGACCUCGUGCCGUCCUGGCUGGCGGUCCACGGCUCGCUCAACCUGGUGCUGGGGCCCGUUUUCGACGCCGACGCGGAUUCGCACGUCGACGACUUCAGCCCUCCUCCUGAGAUGCCCUCGGAUAUGUUCGCGGUGGUCACCCGCUGCGAGUCCCCGGGCGUCCCCGUGGACCGCUGCCCGCACGGGGACCUGGACGCCCUCUCCUUCAUCGUCCCCGAGGCUCUCCGCGUCAUCAACUGCCUGAACGCCACGCGCUUCGCACAGGAGUUCAGCGCCAAAGUCCGCGACGUGGAGACGGUGACGGGCCUGACGCUCUUCCCGCAGCUGCCCUUCGCCGAGCGCUCGAGACUCGAACUCAGGAUCCACUCCGACGUCUGGCCGCUGACGUAGCGCCCUCGACAGACCCCGUCAGUCAGACGCCCGCGCGUUGUCGCCGUAAUGUAUUUUAAUAAACGAUUAUUAAAUUAUA